CUGUACUACUCCACUGCAAGAUCAAACAAGCAGACCGAUGGAGAAGAACGACACUUCCGAGACGAUGAUCACCGUGGACGUCGAUCCGGAGGCUCUGAAUUGCCCAAGAUGUCUUCGUCCCCUCGAACCUCCGGUGUUCCAGUGCGCGGCCGGCCAUGUCGUGUGCUCGACCUGCCACGGCGACCUCCCGGACAAGGACAGGUGCGGGUCGUGCUUUGUCAACUCCGGCUUCAGCCGCUGCUUCAUCCCGACGAGCUACGGCCGCUGCUUGGCCUUGGAGCGUGUCCUGCAAUCCGUCCGUGUCGCCUGCCCACACGGCUGCGCCGCCACCAAGAUGCUCUACCACGAGAAGGCGGACCACCAAAAGACGUGUGCCGGAUCAUCAGCCGCCGUGGAGCAGCCGGCCGUGCUCCUCCAGCAAGGCCCCCCGGGUGACUGCAGCUACGAGCUUGUUUUGCCCAAGGUUCUGCCGUCAUCACGGGCGAGCGUCACCGUCACCAUCACCGGUGAUGACGUCGGGAAGAAGAAGAUCUGUGAUAGUGGCAAGAGCACAAUGGGAUCGUUGGUGAGGAUGGGUCCUUGCGGUGGCAUCGGUGGCAAUGUUAGGGAGACGAGCAUGUCAGAUGUCAACCGAAUCGUCGAGGUCAUCAUCCGCCAUGGCAACGCCGUGGACGCCAUUUCCGUCAUGUACGAGCGGAAGGGCAAGGAAGCGUGGACCGACAGGUGGGGCGGCGAAGGCGGCAAGCCCGCCCCGUUCAGUCUGCAGCAGGACGAGUACCUGACCAGCGUCCAUGGCCACUACGGCCAAUUCAAGGACACUGUCGUGAUAAGAUCGCUGACGCUUGUCAGCAACCUUCGCAGCUACGGGUCAUACGGGAAGGAGGACGGCGUGCCAUUCGCGCUCCACGCCGGCCCCGGUGGCAAGAUCAUCGGCUUCCACGCGCGAUCUGGCCAAUUCCUCGACGCGAUUGGCACCUAUGUGAAGAUGGACAAUUCUUGAACACGCGCAUGGUGCAUGCCAGAUCUAAGUUUCGCAUACAUGAGAUGAGCAUACUACUCCUGAUUCUGAAUUUUAUAGUGCGUCUGUUUUGUUGAUGCCGGUUGAUGGACAGAUAAGACUGAGUUCUUCAUUCUUAUAGACAACUCUUUGCGACACAAUCUCCCCAUGGAGGUGUGAAAGCAAACUUAUUUGCAUAUCGAAGAGGGACUCUAUGAUAAUAAAACUAUCGCUUUCCCAAGGUUUCCUAAUUCUCUGAAUACGAUUUAU